AUGUCUGCCGCCUCCAAAGAUGGCUUCCUGGUCCCCGAGCUGGAUGAUUCUUCAGGCCAGCCGACGGAGGCGCCUCCUGCAUACGGCGAUGAGAGGAACCAGAUGCAUUUCUCACAGCCAGGCUUCGAGGCGGGGGCGGCCGUGACAGACGCCGGCCGUGUGAGCAUCAACAUCAAUACCAGGAACCGAAGGCUUGCCGACCUUCUCGCUCCGGCUAUCGAGAACCAAGUCAGCAUAGGCGCCCCUACCACACUCCCUCCGGCGUACAUACCUCCUAGCUUAGGUGGGCAACCUGGGCAGAAGCCGCCACCCAAGUUGAAUGUGGUCAUUCAGAUUGUCGGAUCUCGGGGCGAUGUGCAGCCCUUCGUGGCGCUCGGAAAGGUGCUCAAGGAGACCUAUGGCCACCGCGUCCGAAUCGCGACCCAUCCCACGUUCCAAUCCUUCGUCGAGCAGAACAGCCUCGAGUUCUUCAGCAUUGGAGGCGACCCCGCUGAGCUCAUGGCGUUCAUGGUCAAACACCCCGGGCUCAUGCCCGGCUUCGACGCCAUCAAGAGCGGCGAGGUGACGAAGCGACGCAAAGGUAUCUCGGAAAUGCUCGUCGGGUGCUGGAGGUCCUGCAUCGAGGGCGGUGACGGCCUCGGUCCCGCGCCGCCGCCAACAAAUGAAAGUCUGGACCUGUCGGCAGGUAUACCACAUGAUGAUGGCCGGGAUGCUUUCGUGGCAGAUGCCAUCAUUGCUAACCCGCCGAGUUUCGCGCACAUCCACGUUGCAGAGAAGCUAGGCAUCCCUCUUCAUAUGAUGUUCACUAUGCCGUGGACUCCUACAAGGGCUUUUCCCCACCCGCUGGCUGAUAUUCAGGCGUCAAAUGCCGAUGAUGUCUUGACCCGGCUCAAAGUGCCGUACACCUACUGUUGGUCUCCUGCUCUCAUCUCGAAACCCAAUGACUGGGGCAAUCACGUCGACAUUUCGGGCUUCUUCUUUCUCGAUCUCGCCACUUUCUAUAACCCGGAUCCGGACCUUCAGGCCUUCCUCGAUGCCGGGCCGCCCCCGGUCUACAUAGGGUUUGGCUCCAUUGUCGUCGACGACCCCGAUGCCAUGACGACAAUGAUUUUCGAUGCAGUCAAGGCCAGUGGCGUACGCGCUCUUGUAUCGAAAGGCUGGGGUGGACUUGGGGCUGAUGACCUUGGUAUUCCGGAUGGUGUUUUCAUGCUGGGCAAUGUUCCCCACGACUGGCUUUUCCAGAAGGUGUCAGCCGUCGUGCACCAUGGCGGCGCCGGAACGACUGCUGCGGGUAUCAAGGCCGGAAAACCCACGCUUGUUGUCCCGUUCUUUGGCGACCAGCCAUUCUGGGGUGCCAUGAUUGCCCGUGCUAAUGCUGGCCCGGAUCCUAUCCCCUACAAGCAGCUGACGGCCGAGAAGCUGGCCGAAGCUAUCCAAUUCUGCCUGAAGGCUGAGACCGUCCAGCAAGCCGAGACAUAUGGCGAGAAGAUCAGGGAGGAAAAGGGCACUGACGUUGGCGGACAAAGCUUCCACAGUCACCUGGACGUUGACGAUAUGCGAUGUUCGAUUGCUCCCAGUAGAACAGCCGUGUGGCGGGUAAGGAGAAGCAAAGUGCGCCUCAGUGCGCUGGCAGCCGCAGCGCUCUUCCAGGAAGGCCUCAUCAAAUACGAGGAUCUAAAGUUGUAUCAACCCAAAGACUACAAUACGGAGGCACAGCCCCCAGAUCCGAUAUCCGCAGCGGCCAGCUCGCUUGUGAUGGAUGCGACUGGCAUCGGCAUGGCAAUUGCGGACAUGCCACGAGAGAUGCUCAAAAGCAAGCCCAGGUCAAGUCCAAAGAAGAGCGAGGAGACUACCGGACCCCAGACGCCCCAAUCGGAGGCUGGAACUAGGCCUCAGACCAACGAGGCCGACGAUACUCCUUUCACUGCCGACUCCAGGUCUGAGCUGGGUCUGAUCGACUCCGACAAGACCAUGCAGUCCUCGACCGCCGGCCCCAGCUCAUCUGUCGGAGAUGCUGCAUCGACUCACACCGCUUCGAGUGAUACUACAGCUACAAGCGCGGCUCAUCCUCCAACAACAUCGAGAGCCUCAGGAGCGCAGCUGAACCAGGCGCUCAACGCGAGACGGCCCUCAUCACCCGUAGGUGAGUUCAGUCUGAAUGCUGCGGUUGGCGCAGGCAAGAGUGUUGGCAAGAUUGUGGGUACGGGCGUCAAGUCACCCAUGAACUUCUGCCUCGGGCUGGCGAAAGGUUUCCGCAAUGUACCGACUCUGUACAACGAUGAAACCGUGAGACCGGUGGAGAAGGUGACAGACAUUAGCAGCGGCCUCAAGGUUGCUGGGAAAGAAUUUGGCUAUGGUCUGUUCGACGGCAUUUCGGGGUUAGUGACCCAACCUUUGAAAGGCGCAGAGAAGGAGGGCAUGGGUGGUUUCGUCAAAGGAUUUGGGAAGGGGAUUGGCGGUAUCAUGACCAAACCUGCUGCCGGCGUCUGGGGAAUCCCUGCGUACACGAUGAAAGGUGUCCACGCUCAGAUCACCAAGUUAUUCACCCGCAGCAAUCACGACCACAUCUUGAUCUCGCGGGUGCUCCAAGGGCAACGCGACUUGAGGAGCGCAUCUGCCGAAGAGCGCCAGGACGUGGUCAGUCGGUGGAAGAGCGGAUCUUUCGAAAAAGACCUGAAGCGUUUCGAGCGCCUCCAAAAACGAGCCAAGGCAAGCCCCGACGCCGGGGAUGCUGCCGACGGGAACCCCGAGUCCUCCUCUCGUGCGUCCUGGAUCAACUCACGACGGUCAACGUUUGACGAGCGACUGCGGAGCGAGAAGCAGCGACUCUUCUCUCGGGCCUCAUCAGGAAAAGGGCCGUCGAGUGACGCCGCCGCCACGCUCGAAAGCAGCGGCGCAUCUAGGAUGGCACCGAUCCCUGAAGAUGCCGAGUUCGAGAGGGCCAUCCAGGCAUCGGUCCAAGAGACAUCCCGGGGCAAUGCCGAGGAGGAUGCUGCCAUCGAGGCGGCCAUCCGCGAGAGCGUGCUGGCCGUGCGGCAGCAAGGCGCGUUGCCCGAUCCGGUGCCCCGCAAGUCAGAGAAGCUGGAGAAAGAUCCCUCCAUCUUCCAGGACGAAGCGUUCCAGAUCACGGAUGAGGAGUAUCAAGAUCUCAUCGAGCAAACCAUCAGAGACAGCAUGGCGAGUCAUGCUUAUCCGGGCUACGCGCCCCCAGACAUGGGGGCUGCCGAGCUGGACUCAACCCCUGUGAUGCACCCCGAUAAUGGACAGCAAUCUGGCGUCAUGUGUGAUCAGGAUGAAGAGUUGAAGCGGGCCAUCGCCGCUUCCAGGAACACUCCUGCCUCGGACUUUUCGCCAGACGAUGCCGAGCUCCAGCAAGCACUAGAAGCUUCUAAGGCCGACGCGGAGAAGCAGCAGAGCCAACGCACGGAAGAAGACAUUGUCCUGGAGUACAUCAAGAAGCAGAGCUUGGCGGAGGAGGAGUAUAGGAAACAGCAGCAAGCCAAAGGCAAGGGCAGAGCGGAGGAUGAUGUGGACGACGAAGAUCUGAGGCGAGCCAUGGAGGAGAGUCUGAAGAUGAGUGGGCAGGAUACUUCGGGGCCCUCGGGCGCUUGA